AUGCCCGCGCAUAUGGUCGUCGUCUACCAGAGGUCACUGCUCAGAAUUAUGAAGAAUGUGUUCAAUGGAUCCAAACGUCCCAGUUCAAACUUGUGCGGCUUCAAAGACUUGCUCUCAAAGGCACGUAAUGUCUUGGUAAUUACUGGCGCAGGGAUGAGUGCUGAGAGCGGCGUCCCGACUUUUAGGGGUGCUGGUGGGCUAUGGCGCAAUUACAACGCUCAAGACUUGGCUACACCGUAUGCCUUUUAUGAUGACCCCGGUCUGGUGUGGGAAUUUUAUCACUACCGAAGAGAACUUGUGCGCAAAACAAGACCAAAUUCUGGACAUCUUGCACUGGCUGAUGCGGAGAAACGAUUCAAUGCCGACCGAAGGUCAUUCACGGUGAUAACGCAGAAUGUAGAUGGAUUACACAGCCAAGCAGGGAGCGUCAAUGUCCUGGAGUUGCACGGUAACCUCUUCAAAACUCGCUGCACCAAAUGUUCAGACGUACGUGUCAACUUGGAUAGUCCUAUAUGUCCUGCACUGGCAAACAGAGGUUCGCCUGUCUUCGAUCCUGAGUUGCACGGGCAUAUCCCAGAGGAGCAACUGCCCCGUUGUCACAAGCCUAUUUCGGACAAACACCCAGAUCGCUUAUGUAACGGUCUGUUGCGACCUCACGUUGUAUGGUUCGGUGAAUCCCUGGACGAUGAUGUUUUACGUCGAGUGGGAAUCGCUAUGACCAGUGCGGAUGUUUGCCUGGUUGUUGGAACUAGUGCAGUUGUGUACCCGGCUGCCGGAUUCGCUCAGGACUUGGCAGCACGCGGAGUUCCAGUGGCAGAAGUUAACGUCGAGGUGACGCCGGCUACCAAAUCUUUAGGUUACUUUUUCCAAGGCAAAUCCGGUGAAAUAUUGCCAGAAUUGUUCAACGACUUGUGUCUGUCUUGAUACGGAUACCAUAACAACUCUGUGAAACAUUACAGUUUUAUCUCGUGUCUUUGAAAAUUUUUUAUCUUGCUGCACUGAAUACUAUUUUCAUCACUUAGCUACUUCUCUUCUAUAUGACUGCACACCUGUCUGGAAAGCUACGUUUCAUAAAAUCUCCACUGCUUUGUCCAGACAAAGUUGUUUAUCAUCUGGGUAGUGCUGACUGAGCCGCUGAUAGGCUGUCUAGCACCUUUCUCCCUUUGCCAUUUCAACUUAUCUGUUACCUGCAUGGUCUCCGGCUGCAUAGAACAUGUAGGAUGUAAAUGUGCGGUUGAAUUGCUAACCAGUUUGUCGCAGAUAUUGGAAUAUAUCUCUUCUUUUCCGUCAGGAUAAAAUGCAGGGAUACAAAAUAUAUGGUAGCGUUUGGGUUUCUCUCGCGUUUCCGUAGUUCAUCUUGCACCGCACUUUAUUUCGCCAGCAUCUUGCCAGCCAGUGA